UUUUUUCCCAAAAUGUGUACAUUUAAUGAUCACUUGCAAGAAAUUCAUAAUAAAAUUUCAAUCAAAGAUGAUGAUCGACGUCCUUACACUGAAAUGUAUGAUAACGUUAGGAAUUGGCUUAUGAAGGAAAUGUGCAAUGCCGAUCCUGUUUUUAAAGAAAUUUAUAAGGGCACUACGUUGUUUGGAAGCUAUUUAAAUCGUGUACGUAUCGUCACGCCCAGUGAAUUCGAUGUUUUUAUUUUACUUGACCUCCCGUUUGACUUCAACGUUACAACACAUCCUGAAAGGCCCGGAUUUGUACAAAUAAGUAGCGAUAAAUGGAAAUGCUACGAUACAUCUUCAAAAAAUAAAAAGAAAUUCAGAGGAAUGUUUCGACAGCAUACCAUAAAAGGUUUAAAUCGUAACAAGUUACAGCGAUGGAUUAUGGGUAUAAUAGAACACGUAUUAUCGCAUGCACCGAUGCCGGCUGGGUAUAAUAUUAAACAUACCCGAUGUUUGGUUGCGCAAAAUAUUUACGUUCAAGAAAAGCAAUGGCCUUAUAAAACAAUUUCAAUUGAUUUUGUACCGGCCAUUAUAAUGCCUGAGGAGUACAUGAAACCCUUAGUCAGAAAACGUGUUUGUGUUAAGCCAAAAUACUACAAAACUUUUUUGGCCAUACCGAAGCCUUUAAUGGGCUGCGGUCCGAAAGGCUCUAGAAGACUUACUUUUCAAUUGGUUAAUCCUACUGCUGAAUGUGAUAUAAUAUGGAAUAAACAAAAUUUAAAAGUUGUAUAUCGGCUUUUAAAAUCGUUACGUAAUCAAUAUGGAUUGAAUCGUUUGAAAAGUUAUUUCCUGACAGCAGUUUUCUUGCAACAGGUUAACAAGUGUACGGAUAAGUUUUGGCAACAAUCAAUUGGUGAUAUAUUUAUCUUUAUAUUAGACAAAUUGAUUGUUUAUUUCGAUCAAGCCAAUAUGCCCUACUACUGGGUGUCGGGAUUUAAUCUACUAAGCAUUUUGAAACCGGAAGAAAUUACCGAAUACGCUGACAUUCUUACAGAGGUUUACAAUGAUCUUUAUAAAUUGGCAGGCGAAAAUUAUGUAACGUACUCUCAAGUUCUGAAACAUUUUAAGACAACUUUAAAAUAAUCAUAUAAAUUUGUGUAAAAUUUUACUUCUAAAUGUUCUUUUUGUAUUAAUUUUUACAGUUUUGUUCAUUUAAAUGAAUUUAUGUUUUUAAAAUAUUUUUUUUAAUAAAUUAUUUCGUUUGCAGACAACUUCAAAAUAAUCAUAUAAAAUUAUAAAAAAAUUAACUUUUAAAUGUUCUUUUUAUUUAAUCUGUAUAGUUUGUGUAAAUUAAAAUGAAUUUUAAAUGUAAUGUUAAUUAAAAAAUAAACUAGUUUUUGCAUA